CGGGCACUUCCUGUGUCAUGGCGUACAGUGGGUUUCAUCGGUGUUGCUGAGAGUCCCUGCUGACUAGACCGGGUUUUGUGUAAUAUCGCCUGGCUGCGCGCUGCAUUCGAAGGCUCCCGGGAGACCCUCAAGCCACACAAUGGAGACAGUGACCGUGGAGGAUGUGCUCGUGAACUUCACCAUGGAGGAGUGGGCUGUGCUGAAUCCAUCCCAGAAGAAGCUCUACAAAGACGUGAUGUGGGAAACUUUUAUGAAUAUGACUGCUGUAGUAGGUACCUUGGACAACCAACAAAUUGAAGAAGAAUACAAAAAUUGCUCAAGAAACCUAAGAAAUAAAGAGGUAGCAAAAUUCUAUCAAUAUAAAACUUGGAAUCAACAUGAAAAAAUAUUCCUUUGGACUCCGGAGGCCAAUGUGGAUGUGCAGCAAACUGCUUUAAAGCAAACUGACAACCUUGUGUGUAGAAAGCCCCUGACUGGGCAUUUGUCACUAAAUGUGCCCAUUUUACCUCAGAGUGAACUGAAGCCACGUGAGUAUGUGGGAUUUGAUGACAGGCUGGGUAAUGGUAAUGACCGUGGAAAAACCUGUAGUGUUUACCUGUCCCUUCAGAAACGUGAAGGGACAAAGACUGGAGAGAAAGCCUAUCACUAUGAGCAGUGUGGGAAAACCCACUCUGAUCUUAGUGAGAGAACUCACCCUGGAGAGAAAACUUUUGUGGGUUGUAACAGUGUGAAAGCCUCCAGCAAUCCCAGGAGUGUUGAAAUCCAUGAAAGAAGUCAUACUGGGAAGAAAGCAUAUGUAUGCAAACAGUGUGGGAAAGUCUUCAGUACUCAGAGUUGUUGUAUAAUUCAUGAAAAAUUUCACAUUUGGGAGAAACCCUAUGUAUGUAAGCAAUGUGGAAAAGGAUAUGCUGAUACAUCAGCAUUUAACAGACAUACACGAACCCACACUGGUGAGAAACCAUAUGUAUGUAAGCAGUGUGGGAAAGCAUUUAGUACACAGAGUUACUGUAAGAUACAUGAAAGAAUUCACACUGGGGAGAAGCCCUAUGCAUGUAAACAGUGUGGAAAAGCAUUCACAAUACAGAGUAACUGUAAAAUGCAUGAAAGAAUUCACACUGGGGAGAAACCUUAUAUGUGUAAGCAAUGUGGGAAAGCAUUCACCACACAGAGUUACUGUCAAACCCAUGAAAGAAUUCACUCUGGGGAGAGACCAUAUGUAUGUAAGCAAUGUGGGAAAGCGUUCGCCACACAGAGUUACUGUCAGUUGCAUGAAAGAAAUCAUAUUGGGAAGAAAACUUUUGUAUGCAAGCAAUGUGGAAAAGUAUUCACUUCACAGAGUUGGUAUAAAAUACAUGAAAGGAAUCAUACAGGAGAGAAACCCUAUGUAUGUAAGCAAUGUGGAAAAGCAUUCAUUGCACACAGAUAUUGUCAAGAACAUGAAAAAACUCAUACUAGUGAGAAACCCUAUAAUUGUAAGCAGUGUGGAAAAAGAUUUGGUGAUAGAUCUGCAUUUCGUAGACAUAGACAAACUCACACUGGUGAGAAACCUUAUGUGUGUAACCAAUGUGGGAAAGCAUUUGGUAGAAAGAAUUCUUAUAACAUACAUGAAGAAAGUCACAGAGGAAAAAAACCAUAUGUGUGUAAGCAAUGUGGGAAGGCAUUCACUACACACAAAUAUUGUCAGAUACAUGAAAGAAACCACACUGGGGAGAAACCUUAUGUGUGCAAGCAAUGUGGAAAAGCAUUUGCUACAAAAAGUUCUUACAACAUACAUGAAAAAAGCCACACAGGGGAGAAACCUUAUGUGUGCAAGCAAUGUGGGAAAGCAUUUGUUACACACAAAUAUUGUCAGACACAUGAAAGAAUUCACACUACAGAGAAACCUUAUGUGUGCAAGCAAUGUGGGAAGUCAUUCACUACACACAAGUACUUUAAAAGACAUGAAAGAACCCAUACAGAUGAGAAGCCCUAUGCAUGUAAGCCAUGUGGAAAAAGAUUUGCUAGUGAGUCCUCCUUUUACAGACACAGAUCUCAUGGUGGAGAGGAGCUCGAUGGACAUAAACAAUGUAGGGAAAGCAUUCAGUGAUCACCAUUUUAAUGAACUACCUGUAAGAAGUCACACUCUAAAGUCACCCUAUAUAUCUAAGCCUAUUUUGGAAAUCCUGUGAGAAUUCUUUAUGUAGUGGAAACCUAUACACAUUAAAUAAGACAUUUGAUGGCAAUAUUUCUUUAUAAACUUUCCAGGAAAUACACUUUUAGAUGGAGAUAUCCUGGAAUGUAUCCCUUCAGUGUUUCUCAGUAAAUCACUUACAAAUAUCUGAACUGUGUAUCUGUGUCUUUAUCAUAAAAAAUGUUGACAUAUUUUUGUGUAAGUCAUUGUCUUUGAAACUAAUACAUGGUAUCUUCUAAUAAAACAAGGUGAAUCGAAAUGUA